CGGCUAUCCAAUUCCAAUGUUUGCGGGAUUCUGCAUCAUGUUUGUGUCGACAAUUAUGUUCGCCUUCUCCAGCAGCUACGCCUUCCUACUCAUCGCCAGGUCGCUACAGGGCAUUGGCUCAUCCUGCUCGUCUGUAGCUGGGAUGGGCAUGCUGGCCAGUGUGUACACAGAUGACGAAGAGCGAGGCAACGCCAUGGGCAUCGCCCUGGGAGGCCUGGCCAUGGGGGUGCUAGUGGGCCCCCCCUUUGGGAGUGUGCUUUACGAGUUUGUGGGGAAGACCGCUCCGUUCCUGGUGCUGGCUGCCCUGGUGCUCUUGGAUGGGGCUAUUCAGCUCUUUGUGCUCCAGCCGUCCCGGGUACAGCCAGAGAGCCAGAAGGGGACGCCGCUAGCCACAUUGCUGAAGGACCCCUACAUCCUCAUCGCCGCAGGGUCCAUCUGCUUUGCAAACAUGGGGAUUGCCAUGCUGGAGCCAGCCCUGCCCAUCUGGAUGAUGGAGACCAUGUGUUCCCGCAAGUGGCAGCUGGAUGGUUCUGCAUUUAUCACCACGUAGGAGAUGCUUAAAAGCCCAACUCAAGUGGAAUCUUCCCAAAUGUAUCAC